AUGGCAGAGAAACGGACGUGGCUGAAAUCUGCCCUUGAAUUUUUCAAUAUUCAUUUGGAGAAGGAGAGCUGCGAAUCACCUAUAUCAUCAUUGAGUUCCGAAAGUGAAAGUGAUAAAAGUCUCAGUCUCCUUGGAGAAGAGAACUGUCUUGAUAUGAAACGAAACCGCGCAGGUGAUGGUUUAUUGUGGGAGAUAGAUAAAACAAGUUAUGAUGACGAAAUUAUCAAUUUACAUAUCACGCAUUUACAACAAAUUAUCAAAUUAAGGGAUCAAGUUGAGAAUAGAGAAAACAUGGUUGAUGAUUUGUGGGAAGAAUUGAAGUCGAAAGAUGAAGAGUUGCAUAAUUUGAAAGAGUUUUCUGACAACGAGAUUUACAAGUUGAAGGCUCAAAUUGAGGAAAGUGAGGCCAGAUUGAAUAUUCAUAUUCCAAAACGUGUUUGCGAGAUUACGAAUUUGGCGGAAGAGCUAGAGAUAGCUAAUGAAAAGGUCAAGAUAUCAGAAGAUGAAAAUGCAGUUUUAAGGAAGGAGGUUGAGAGUAAGUCAUGUGAGACUCAUGAGUUGCAAGAUAAGCUUAUAGAGGCAGAAGAAUAUAUAGCUGAAUCAGAUUUUGAGUUAGUUUCUGGGAGAAAGCAUAUUCAAAUACUAGAAAAGUUAGUUAGAAUCUAUGAGCAAGAGGUGCAAAAGUUGAAGUCUGAAAUGCUUGAUUCACAGGAUAAGUUUUCUUUAGAGAAAGAUGAGCUGCAUUUUGAUAUUGCAAGUUUGUUGAAAACGAAAAUAGAACUGACCUCUUCAUUGGCCGAUUGUGAGUUUAGAAACAAUGAAUUAGAAAGCAAAUUAAAGCAAUAUGAAGCUGAAAUUUUGAAGCAAGAAGAGAUGCAUGGUACUGAAAAAGUAUUGCAUGAUGAAAACAGUUAUGUGUGGGAAGAACUUGACGAGAGAACACAAGAUGUAGAAGCUGUGACUAUGGAGCUAGAUAUGGUAAUGAUGGAAAGAGAUGAAGCCAAUGUCAAGAUUGAUAAGCUUGAGGCUGAGAUAUGCACCCUCAAGUUUCAACUGUGGAAUAUGAAUAAGUAG